ACCUGUUUUGCCAUAAGUCAAAGCAAGAAACAGUUUGUUGCAGUUCGACACUAACUGAAGACCAAACGAAGAGAUUGAUAUUCAGACAAAUUCACCACCUUUCUGUGAGUGAGUCAAGCUCCAGGAGAGAAAAGUGGAAACUCCACCUGUUGCUUCAAGCUGCUGACGCUCCACAGACUGAAGCUUCACUCAGACACUAAAUGGCUUCCAGAUCAGAGGAGGAUCUCUGCUGUCCAGUCUGUCAGGAUGUCUUUACAGAACCUGUUGUUCUGUCCUGUAGCCACAGCUUCUGUAGAGACUGUCUCAAGACGUGGUGGAAUAAGAAACUAACACAAGAGUGUCCAGUCUGUAAGAGAAGAUCUUCAAGAGAAGAACCUCCUUUAAACCUGGUGUUAAGGAACCUGUGUGAGUCCUUCUUACAGGACAGAGCUCAGAGAUCUUCAGAGACUCUCUGCAGUCUGCACCAAGAGAAACUCAGACUCUUCUGUCUGGACCAUCAGCAGCCAGUUUGUCUCGUCUGUCUGCAUUCAGAAUCACACAUCGACCACAGAUUCAGACCCAUCGACGAAGCUGCACAACAACACAAGAAAAAGCUUCAGGAAACUCUGGAACCAUUAAAGGAGAAGUUAAAGGUCUAUGAAAAAAUGAAAGAGAAGUUUGAUCAGACAGUAAAACACAUUGAGGUCCAGACCCGACACACAGAGACGCAGAUUAAGGAGCAGUUUAAGAAGCUUCACCGCUUUCUAAAAAAGGAAGAGGAGGCCAGGAUGGCUGCACUGAGGGAGGAAGAGGAGCAGAAGACUCAGAGGAUGAAGGACAAGAUGGAGGCUCUGAGCAGAGACAUAGCAGCUCUGUCAGACACAGUCAGAGCCACAGAGGAGGAGCUGAGAGCUGAAGACGUCUCCUUCCUGCUCAACUACAAGGCUGCAGUGGAAAGAGUCCAGCAGCGCCCCCUGCUGGAGGAUCCACAGCUGCCCUCAGGAGCUCUGAUAGACCAGGCCAAACAUCUGGGCAACCUGAGCUUCAACAUCUGGAACAGGAUGAAGGACGUGGUCUCCUACACUCCUGUGGUUCUGGAUCCAAACACUGCUCAUCCAGAACUGAUCCUGUCUGAAGAUCUGACCAGUGUGAGAGGAGGAGACAAACAGCAGCUUCCUGAGAAUCCAGAGAGGUUUGAUUACCCCUCUGUCCUGGGCUCUGAGGGUUUUAACUCAGGGACUCACAGCUGGGAUGUGGAGGUUGGAGACAGUUCCUAUUGGGCACUGGGUGUGUUACCAGAAUUUGUCCAGAGGGAGGGAGACUUAUGGCCUGGAUUAUGGGGAAUAGGGUUUCUUCAUGGUAAAUUCUCAGCACAGUCACCACCAGCUCCACUCACUGAUCUUCCAGAGCAGCAGAAGUUCCAGAGGAUCCGAGUGAAUCUGGACUGGAACAGAGGAAAACUGUCUUUCUCUGAUCCUGAUACUAACACACACAUACAAACCUUCACACACACUUUCACUGAGAGACUGUUUCCACUCUUUAGCACUUGGGAUACACUGAGUAUUUUACCAGUGAAGGUCUCUGUGACAGUGAUCAGAAACGUUAGAGACAAAGAUGAUGAUUAGAUUCAUAAACUUGUUUAUUUCUUCACUGCUCCUGUUCUACUGAUGCCUCGUUAGUACAAAGCUUUGUUUUAUAUCAGUAUUAUGUUUUAACUUUUUUAACUUAUUGACUGUAGGGUGGCACAGUGGUGCGGUGCACCGUUGCCUCACAGCGAGAAGGUUCUGGGUUCGAUUCCCGGAGGCGGCCCUGAUGCCUUUCUGUGUGGAGUUUGCACGUUCUCCCCAUGUUUGCGUGGGUUCUCUCCGGGUUCUCCGGCUUCCUCCCACAGUCCAAAGACGUGCAUUAGGUUGAUUGGACUCUCUCCAUUGCCCAUAGGUGUGUGUGUGUGAAUGGUUGUCUGUCUGUGUGUUGCCCUGCGAUGGACUGACGACCUGUCAAGGGUGUACCCUGCCUCUCGCCCAUAGCCAGCUGGGUUAGGCUCCAGCACCCCCGCGACCCUGCAUAUGGCAAUAAGCGGAAAAAAUGGAUAAUUGACUGUAUUGGAAUAUUGUAUUGCCUUUUUUUAUUAUCAAUUUUCUUAAAUGGAAAAUAUCAGCUAUUUUGUUACUUAGGUUUGUGAUAUAUUGUAUUGACUUUUUUUCUAUUAUCAAUUUAUGUAAAAACAAACCUAAAUAAUAAAAUACCUGAUAUUUUAUCAGGUAUUUUAUUAUUAGUAUUUUAUUCGUCAGAACUAGUUCUUAGUUGGAAGAGAACACUUACUGUCUUUGUAAAAACGGUGCUUCUGUCUGACACUACACACAUCAGCUGUUGUUCUAGACAAACUUCUGAACAUUAAUAAACAUAUACCUUAAACAUGCAAAAACCUUUCAUCAUUUCU